AUGCUAGCUUUGAGGGGAUUUAAGCAUUCUGCACGUGCAGUUAGAUAUUCACACACACUUGCUCUCUUAGAGACCAGUGGUUCUUCCAUUACCCCAGCUUCCUUGUCAACUAUAACCGCUGCAAAAGCUAUCAACAAGCCAAUCACUGCGCUGUUGGUAGGUCCAAACGCACCAGAAGCUGCAAAGGAAGUUGCAUCAUUAGCCGGUAUUCAGAAGGUUGUUAUUCAAUCUGAUAAGCGUUACGAGCAUUAUCUUCCUGAACAGUUGGCACCAUUAGUUGCUUCAUUAAUAAAAGGUGAAAAGUCACCAGCGGUUACUGACAUUUCAUCAGUUGUGGUUCCUGCCAGCGCUAUGGGAAAGUCUGUUCUUCCACGUGCCGGUGCAAUUCUAGACUUACAGCCAAUAUCAGAUAUAACCAAGGUUGUUGACGCCUCCACUUUUGUAAGACCAACAUACGCAGGUAAUGCAAUCCUAACGGUUAAAUCAAACGACAACAUUGUGAUGACAUCUAUCAGAGGCUCUGCGUUUUCACCAGCAGUUGAGAAAUCUGAUGCAGCAGCACCAAUUGAGGAAAUAACACCUGUGGAUGCAGAAGUUAAAACUGUUUGGGUCAGUGAAUCUUUGAUGAAAAGCGACAAACCAGACCUAGCAUCAGCCAAGAUUGUUGUUUCGGGUGGCCGUGCAUUGAAGGAUAAAAAGACUUUUGAAGCAUUGUUGAACCCAUUAGCUAGCAAGCUGGGUGCUGCCAUUGGUGCAUCGCGUGUAGCAGUGGAUGAAGGCUUCUGCGAUAACUCUUUACAAGUUGGUCAAACAGGUAAGAUCAUUGCACCUGACUUGUAUAUUGCUGUUGGUAUAUCUGGUGCAAUCCAACAUUUAGCUGGUAUGAAAGACUCCAGGGUCAUUGUCGCAAUAAACAAAGAUGAAGAAGCGCCAAUUUUCAAAGUUGCCGAUGUUGGUCUAGUUGGUGACAUUUUUGAAAUUGUACCGGAACUGACCUCUAAAAUUUGA